AAAGCAAAACCCUAACGCGGACUCUGUAACGCGAAUCCGUUAUAUAUAAGACGGCACUGCUGACCUCUAACCCUAGUUCGAGUGAGCGGUCGUUGAGCAGACGAAACAUCUCGUAUCAAACCCUAGUUAUUUGCUCAUCUCAAUCUUUCGCCUUCAAUUUUUGUGUUUAAGGAUUUUCGAAGUUCCCAGUGAUGUCGGACGAGGAAAGAGAAGAGAAGGAGUUGGAUCUCACCUCUCCUGAAGUAGUCACCAAAUACAAGAGCGCUGCUGAAAUCCUUAACAAGGCUCUGCAGUUAGUUGUGUCGGAAUGCAAACCAAAAGCUAAGGUUGUUGACAUUUGCGAGAAGGGGGAUUCAUUCAUCAGAGAGCAAACUGGCAAUAUGUACAAAAAUGUUAAGAAGAAGAUUGAAAGGGGUGUUGCAUUCCCAACAUGUAUUUCUGUAAACAAUACUCUGUGUCAUUUCUCUCCACUUGCUAGUGAUGAGACAGUGUUAGAAGAAGGUGAUAUAAUAAAGAUUGAUAUGGGUUGUCACAUAGAUGGAUUCAUUGCUGUAGUUGCACACACUCAUGUCCUACAGGGAGGUCCAGUGACUGGUAGGAUAGCUGAUGCUAUUGCUGCAGCAAAUACUGCUGCUGAAGUUGCAUUGAGGCUCGUAAGACCUGGAAGGAAGAACAAAGAUGUAACAGAAGCAAUUCAGAAGGUUGCUGCUGCCUAUGACUGCAAAAUUGUUGAAGGUGUUCUCAGUCAUCAACUAAAACAGUUUGUGAUUGACGGAAACAAGGUCAUAUUGAGUGUCUCCAACCCAGACACAAAAGUAGAUGAUGCCGAAUUUGAGGAAAAUGAAGUUUACGCAAUUGAUAUAGUCACAAGCACAGGUGAUGGCAAGCCGAAGUUGUUGGAUGAAAAACAGACAACCAUCUAUAAAAGAGCUGUUGACAAGAAUUAUCACCUAAAGAUGAAAACGUCUAGGUUCAUUUUCAGUGAAAUAAAUCAAAAAUUUCCCAUCAUGCCAUUUACUGCAAGGGCCCUAGAAGAGAAGCGGGCUCGGUUAGGACUAGUGGAAUGCGUCAAUCAUGAUCUUUUGCAACCUUAUCCUGUUCUUCAUGAGAAGCCUGGUGAUUUUGUUGCUCAUAUCAAAUUUACUGUUCUGCUCAUGCCAAAUGGGUCAGAUCGCAUUACAUCCCAUCCUCUACAGGACAUACAGCCGACUAAAACAGUAGAUGACCCUGAAAUUAAAGCCUGGUUAGCAUUGGGCACGAAAACAAAGAAGAAAGGUGGUGGGAAGAAGAAGAAAGGCAAGAAGGGUGACAAGGGUGAGGAGUCUGCAGAAGCCGUGCCCAUGGACGCGACAUCCCAAGAAUGAGAUAAUUUAAAUAUUCUUAUCCAAUUUUGGCUACUAGUUUGUAUCUGGUUGUUUAUGGGUUCAUUCAGAUGGUCAUUAAAGAUUGAUCCUGAUUGAGUUUUCCCUAAAAGUGUCCGCUGCAUGUACUCGGUUAAAUUCUGUAUCUUUUUUUAUUAUAGUUUUCCUAAUAGAAAAACAGAUUUUGGUAACAA